UCCUUCUGGUAUGAACCGAAAACAAACUCUUCCGACGAUAUUGAAGCCACACAAAGAGCAAUAGAUUGGAACUUUGGCUGGUUUUUGGAACCUCUAAUCCUCGGGGACUAUCCAAACUCGAUGAAAACAAGAGUAGGAAGCCGAUUGCCUAGAUUUACUCAGGCCGAAUCCUCCAAGUUGAAGGGCUCCUUUGAUUUCAUUGGCAUAAAUCACUACACUACGUGGUAUGCUAAUGUGAACUAUACCAACAUAAUCGGUGUUCUGCUGAACGACUCCCUUGCAGACUCUGGCACCUUUACUUUCCCGUUCAAAAAUGGGAAGCCUAUAGCCGACAGGGCACAUUCCAUAUGGUUGUACAUUGUACCUCAUGGGAUCAGAAGCUUAAUGAAUUAUAUAAGGGAAAAGUAUGGGAACCCUCUUGUCAUAAUCACUGAAAAUGGAAUGGAUGACGGAAAUAGUCCAUUUGUUUCCAUUAAGGAUGCUCUCAAGGACACAAAGAGGAUCAAAUACCAUAAUGAUUAUCUCGCGAACUUGUUGGCUGCUAUUGUGUAAGUUUCAGCAAUUUAUUCUCAAUAAACUCGUAGUCCACACUCCACAAUAUAAACCUCCUUUUAGCAUUCUGUUCGGUUAAUCACUUCAACCACUAGAAUAUCCAAUACAACUAGAUCAUCUCCGACAACAACAUUCUGCGUCAAUUUUCUUGUACGUCAUCUAACUUGUUCUACUAGGAUCACUUGUGCAUUUUUAUAUCUAAACAAGACACCCAAAUCAUCAUUUCCUUAGUGUAUCGUCAAUCUGCGUGUCCUUCACGUGUUAGCAUAUUUAUUCAUAGACC